AUGACAGUCAUAAAAAGUGUCUUCCUCUUGGCUCUCAUAUCAGCUGCCCGGGGUCAGUCCCUCACCUCCUCAGAGGCAGUGAUCAGCAAAGCAGGACAAUCAGCCAUUCUGUCCUGUAAAGUACAAGGACUGGCUCUUGCAUGGCUCCACUGGAUUCGUCAGAAACCGUUAGAAGCACUAGAAUGGAUUGGACGCAUCGACAGUGGCACCGACUUUUCUGAGCACAUGAUUUUUCUUUCAGGUGUUUUCAGUCAGACUCUGACUGAAUCUGAACCAGCAACAAAACGACUUGGAGGAUCCCACACUCUGACCUGUACAUAUGCAGGAAUAUCAGAUGGCUCUGCUGAUAUUAGCUGGAUCAGACAGGCUGAAGGAAAAGGACUGGAAUGGGUUGCCCAUAUUUCUGCUCCCAGUGGAAGCAUUAAACGUUAUUCCCCAUCUGUCCAGAACCGCUUCACCAUCUCCAGAGACAACAACAAGGAUCAAGUGUAUCUACAGAUGAGCAGCUUGAAGACUGAAGACUCUGCAGUUUAUUAUUGUGCUCGAAGGACACAAAAUUAUUUCGAUGUCUGGGGUAAAGGAACCACAGUUACUGUUAAACCAGCUGGUCCUGAUAUUUCUCUGUCCCUCUUCGUCCUCAGUCCUCUGUCGUCUCCCGACUUCCCCCUGAAGACAGCAGACGAGCUCGGUCCAAACGUCUGUCUGGUCACUGAUUUCCGUCCAAAGGGGGAAGAGGUGGUUCUGAAUGGAAAAGGAGAUCCGGUCAAUGUGAACUCUACUGAUGCUGUUCUGUCAAAGGACAACACCUACAACUUUGUUGCUUACAGCAACAAAACCAUCUAUUCAUGUGAGAUGAACGGGACCUUCGGCAACAAUGAAGCUGAUGACAAAUGUGGCAGCAUUUAUCCAGAAAAAGCCAAGCUGAACUUCUACCUGCUGCUGAUGAACGGAGUCCGAGUGGUGUUCACCAAAGCUCUGGCCUUCAGCACCGUCCUCACCAUCAGAGGCCUGAUCUUCUGAAACUGAGCCUUCUAGGCCAC